AUGGGUGGGCAGGUCAUGCAUAUCAACGCCAUGCGCUGUACCUACUCGGUCGAUGCCAGAAUAGGGCGGAUGAUGGCAAAAGAAAGAGGCGCCAGGGCUCUGACGUCUGCUCCCAGCAUGAGGGAGACGACCGGCUCGUCUCCCAGGAACAGGAUCCGCACAGGGGCACUUAUUGGUGGAGGCUUAGAGGCUGGCGGUCGCGCCAACUUCGCUUGGAGUUGGCAGGAUCCAUACAAGAUAGCUCAUGACUUCUCCUUGUCAGCUUUGGGCCAAAAGCAAGCAAUGCCUCUCUGGGCGAUAGAUAGGUGGCUGUAUGUAGUCAUGCAAUUUGUCACGGCCGUGCAAGGCUUCUGA